UCCAGUUCUACUGAGAACCUUUAGGUCGGAUCCUCUUUAAUGAAUCUGGAUCAGCGUCGUGUCCUCACAGCUGCGGUUAAACGCGGCGGCCGGUCCUCACAAAGCUACCACUGUCCCCCCACUAACACACACACACGCGCAGAGAGAUCCUGCCUUUGCGGAAGCCGGAGGAGCCGAGGCGGCGCUAAAUUAAAUUAGCAUACUAACUAGUUAUCUGUGGACGGACGGACGAACGGAGCUGCUCGACACUCACUCGUUUCCUAAAGUCAAGACUCCAGCGGGUCCGGCCUCAUUUUGUCGGGAUCUUCCUGCCGUCCGCCUGCCGAGGAGAUGGGGGACAAGGCGGGCACCAGAGUUUUCAAGAAGUCGAGCCCCAACUGUAAGGUGACAGUUUAUCUGGGAAAGCGAGACUUUGUGGAUCACCUGGAUCACGUGGACCCAGUAGAUGGAGUCAUCCUUGUCGACCCCGAAUACCUGAAGGACAGGAAAGUCUUCGUCACGCUCACCUGUGCGUUUCGAUACGGACGUGAAGAUCUCGACGUUCUGGGUUUGUCCUUCCGGAAGGAUCUCUACAUCUCAACCUUCCAGGCUUUCCCUCCGGUGCCUGAGGAGCGUAAACCCAACAGCCGGCUACAGGAGCGUCUGCUGAAGAAGCUCGGCCAACAUGCACAUCCCUUCUACUUCACUAUUCCUCAGAACCUCCCCUGUUCAGUCACUUUACAGCCCGGACCAGAGGACACCGGGAAGGCCUGUGGGGUCGACUUUGAGAUCAGAGCUUUCUGUGCCAAGUCGAUAGAAGAGAAGAUCCACAAGAGGAACUCGGUGCGUCUGGUGAUCAGGAAGGUCCAGUACGCUCCAGAGAAGCCAGGUCCUCAGCCCAUGGUGGAGACGACUCGCAGCUUCUUGAUGUCGGACAGAUCUUUGCACUUGGAAGCGUCUCUGGACAAAGAGCUAUAUUACCACGGAGAGCCAAUCAGCGUCAACGUCCACGUCACCAACAACUCCACCAAGACAGUGAAGAGAGUCAAGAUCUCCGUGCGUCAGUAUGCAGAUAUCUGCCUGUUCAGCACUGCCCAGUAUAAAUGUCCAGUGGCCCAGCUGGAGGCAGAUGACCAGGUGUCAUCCAGCUCCACCUUCUGUAAGGUUUACACUCUGACCCCGACGCUGGACAAGAACCGAGAGAAGAGAGGACUGGCUCUGGACGGGAAACUGAAGCAUGAAGACACCAACCUGGCCUCAUCCACCAUAGUGAAGGACGUCACCAAUAAGGAGGUUCUGGGGAUUCUGGUUUCCUACAGAGUCAAAGUGAAGCUGGUGGUUUCUCGUGGAGGUGACGUGUCGGUAGAGCUUCCCUUCAUCCUGAUGCAUCCUAAACCUGUGGAGCCGCCGGCGUCUCGUCCACAGUCAGCUGUUCCUGAGAUGGACCCGCCCAUCGAUACCAACUUGAUAGAAUUCGACACAAACAGCAUCUCCCAGGACGAUGACUUCGUGUUCGAGGACUUUGCUCGUCUGCGGCUGAAGGGUGUGGUGGACGAUAAGGACGAGGACUGCUGAAUCCUGAUCCGUUCAGCGACAUUCCCUCUAAGGAGGAGGAGGUUCGGAACGUCGCUGCUGCUCUUCCUGCUUCGUCUCGCCGCCGUCCUUCGUCUCCAUCGUUCCUCGUCGUGUUUAGGCCGAAGGCCGGAGGUGUUUGUGGGCGGAGCCCGAAGGAGCAGCUUGUCUUUAAUUUUGAAACGUUUCUGAAUGUCGACCGUUUUCUCGCCGUCUUGUACAAACAGAAUCUAUAUUUGAAAAAAAAAAGAGAAGUCUACGAGCAGUCGAGAGCCGCUUGGUUUGGUUUUUCUCUUUCAGUGAAUCCUGUCGACGCUUUUUAUCACAAACGCUCACAGAAGUCUUACACGAUUCACCAGCAUCCACCCGCCUCACGUCUCCAUGAUUCCUCCUCAUUAGACCUUCAGACCCUCAUAGCUGCAGCAGACGCUCCGGGUUUAGUCAACAAACAAAAGGACAAGAUAAAAACCAAAUGCUGGGGUUGGUUCCUGAUCAGAAUAAAAACAAGAAAUAACCUGCAGAACCAGACGACCGUCAGCUUUAUGGUCGGAAAGAAAGAAGUUUGUAAAGCGCUGAUUUAUCAUAAGCUGAAAGAAGCAGGAAGAAGGAACACUGAGAAGAAAUUUAGCCUUUUUUCCACAAUUUUCACUAAAAACAUUUGAUUUUUCAAAAUAAAUUUCCAGACAAUUAAUCAUCAAAAUGAAACUUUUCCCCUUAAAACAGAAUUUUCUUCUCAGUAUUUGGCCUCAUUUCUCCUCAAACAGGAAAAUAAACAGAAAAACGUCUUCUUAUGAAAGUCCAAUUUAAAUGAAUAUUACACAAAUAAUAGCUUGAUAUUUUCAGAAUAAGAGCCCGCUGCAGAGUGUAAACAGUGAUUUCAUCUGUUAAGUGAAGUUAGUUUGUAAAUGAAAGUUUUCUUUUUCAGGUUGAAAUAAACGAGUUUUUGCACAUUUAGUUUUUCUGUUUGCUUUUAGAAUGAAAGACUUUAAAGUCUUUUAUUUUGUUGGUUUUCGUCUUUUCCUUGAAUUUGUUGACAGAAAUGAAAUCAGUAAAUUUAUUGACGUCUCAGCUUCACAUUUCUCUGUUGUUUUCACCGUUCAGAUAAAAGUUAGUUUUUGUAUCCAUGAAGGAGCUGAAUUCACUUUAAUAUUAUAAAACUUUUACUUUGAAAGGGUUUAAAAAGAAACGCUGACUUUUAGUUUCUGCUGGAGGUUUAUAAACGUUGGAGGAGGAUCUGCUGCUCGCUGCUUUUUAUUGUCCGGAUGCUCAAAUCGUUUAAUUUGAGCCUUCAACGCCGCGCUGCUGCCAACCAGUCCAUCAUUUGCCAAUUUUUAUUCACGUUGUUCCUAAAAUCAUUUAGAAGAUGCCAACAUUCAUUGUUCUGUUUCCGUGUUAUUCAAACUAAAUCUUUCCAAUUCCUAUAAUUUGUCUCUAAAACUUCACUUUCAAGUUGAUAAAUUGUUUUUUUUCUUAAACGACUGAUUUUAAGUUUAAAAUGAAAACAGUCCUUAAAAAUAACUUCUGUCAAUAUUCUGAUUUUUAAAAUGACACCAAUAAUGUUGGUUUAAUCUAAAAUCAAGAAACCUGAAACAUUCUCCUAAUUUCAUAAUUUUUAUUCAUCAUUUUUUUGUAGAAAUUCUGACUUUAUUCUUGUAAAGUCUUGUAAAAUUAAGAAUUCAGAUCCUGAAAGUGUCGUUAUCGUCGUUUCCUCGACUAAUUCUUGUAUUUAGAUUUUUUUUUAAAGCUGAAUUUCGUCCUGUAACGUUCUUUAACAAAUACCUUUAAUUCGUCUUUAGUUGUUGAAAAAAGAUGUUUAUGGAUUUAUCUAUAGAUUGGAGCCUUUACUGCAGAUUUAUUUGACUUUCUGAAACAUUUUGUGCUAAAAAAAAAAAAGAUUAAAAUGAUUGUUUCUUCUGAAUCUUUGGGCGUUUUCUAAAGAGAAUUCCAGUUUGGUAAUAAAUUAUUGAUUAAAGACCAAAGUCGAUCGGUGCCAUGAAACGCUCGAGCCGCCAGCAGCAGCAGUGUCCCGCUAAACGUUUAAAACCUCCACUUUUAUCUCCUCCUUUCUCCAAAACUUCAAUUCCUCGUGUUUUCAAAAUAAAAGCCUGCACACUUGGACGUUUCGGGAGUUUCUGCACUUUGAUGGAUGACAAACUCUCAGCUUCUGCUUUUUGAAUGUUUGAUCCUUUGGACGCCGUUCGAUCGAUCGGAUGCCGUUUGAUCUUUUAGACGCCGUUUGAUCGUUCGGACGCCGUUUUUCUAAAUCUUUUUUUUAACCUCUAAACUGCCAACCUCCCCCCUCCUCCUCCUCCUUGUCCAUCCUUCGCUCAGAAGGGAAGAAGAAGAAGCCGACGCGGAGCAUGUUUUUAAUUUCUCGGAUUUCUUUUUUUUAAUUUUCCAAGCAGUGCUGUGAAUCGUACGAGCUGUGAUUCUGUCCUUAUUUUGUCGUGCAUAUGUGGGGUAACUUUGCUAAGUGUGAAAAUAUUUUUGAAAAAGUGCCACGCCCCGGCCUGUGCGAUGCUACCAUACUGUCUAUAAACAGGAAGUGAUUCUGCUGGUGGGCCGACACCAGAAAAGAUAGAAUUAUGAUUAUUAUGCUUCUGAUUAUUAUUAUUAUUAUUAUGGUGACUAUUAUUAUUCUACUGUAUCAUCAUUGCGACCAUGAUUAUCCUCAUAAUCAUUUAAGAGUCUAUUGUUUUGCCAUGUAUUUUUUAUUUUGAGAUUAUUUUAGUUUUCUUUUUAUUAUUAAAGGUAAAAUGAACUAACA